GGCGCGGGGUGGGGCUGCACCUGCCGCUGCGCACCUGGGCCAGGUAAGAGGCCCCGCCCCCGAGGCUGGCAGCAGAUGAGCGGCUGUCGCGACUCAGGCCCACCGAGGUCAGAGGUCAGAGACCCUGGGGCUGCUCACUCUGAGGAGAGCGAUAGAGGACUUCACUCCUGGGUAUAGCAUGCAGCUGAGGAUCUGUGGACACUGCCUGUGGCCCAGCUGAGGGGAGAGCUUGCUUCCAACCACAUGAGUGACCUCAAUGACCGACUCCUUCCAGGAGGAAAGAGCUGGAACCAGGUCUGGCCAUAUACUCCAGGCACAGCAGUCCACUGCAGAGAUAGCCAAGAAGGAGGCCAACUGCCAUCUUGUGAGACCAGGUCCCACCAGCAGCCUCUGACCUGUCCAGGCAGCCUGUCCAACCAGCCACAAGGACAGAGACAGACCCUGCCCAGCCCUUCGUGAACCCAUCUGCUCUGUUAAGGAGCCCUGUGGAGCAGAGGUGGCCCCAGAGUCCAACCUGAUUUGAAGAGGCCCCAGCCAGAGCCCAUGGCAGGUGUCUGUGACAGGGCCCCAGACUUCCUCUCCCCAGCUGAAGACCAGGCCCUAGGGCCUUCCCUGGGCAGUGCAGUCACUCUAAAUUGCACGGCUUGGGUGGCCUUUGGGCCCCACUGCCCCCCACCUUCAGUCCAGUGGCUAAAAGAUGGGCUUCCACUGGGAAACAUAAGCCACUACCAUGAGGACUCUUGGGUCAAGACCAAGUUCUCAGAGGUGCUUGUGUCCAGUGUCCUGUGCAUCAACGUGACCAAAGCUGAGGACUAUGGGAUCUUCACUUGCUCUGUCCACAAUGUCAGCUCCUCCUCCUUCAUUCUUCAGAGAGCUGGCCUGGCGGACCAUGUGGCUGCGGUGCUGGCCGCCCUCCUGGUCAUUCUCCUGCUGCUCGCGGGGCUGCUCUACGUGAAGUGUCGUCUCAACGUGCUGCUGUGGUACCAAGACACGCAUGGGGAAGUGGAAAUGAACGACGGGAAGCUCUACGACGCCUUCGUCUCCUACAGCGACUGCCCAGAGGACCGCAAGUUCGUGAACUUCAUCCUAAAGCCGCAGCUGGAGCGACGUCGGGGUUACAAGCUCUUCCUGGACGACCGCGACCUCUUACCCCGCGCAGAGCCCUCGGCCGACCUCCUGGUGAACCUGAGCCGCUGCAGGCGCCUCAUCGUGGUGCUUUCGGACGCCUUCCUGGGACGGGCCUGGUGCAACCACAGCUUCCGGGAGGGCCUAUGCCGGCUGCUGGAGCUGACGCGCAGACCCAUCUUCAUCACCUUCGAGGGCCCGCGGCGCGACCCUGCGCACCCUGCGCUGCGCCUGCUGCGCCAGCACCGCCACCUGGUCACCCUGCUACUCUGGAGGCCCGGCUCCGCGAUGCCGUCCUCCGAUUUUUGGAAAGAGCUGCAGCUUGCACUGCCGCGAAAGGUGCAAUACAGGCCGGCAGAGGGGGACCCCCAGACCCACCUUCAGGAUGACAAUGACCCCAUGCUGAUCGUGCGAGGCCGUGCCGCUGAGGGCCGAGCUCUGGAACGGGAGCUGGACCUCGAUCCCGAGGGAGACCUGGGUGUACGAGGGCCUGUCUUUGGGAAGCCACCAGCUCCACCACAUGCAAGAGGGGUCUCAAUGGGAGAGGGCCGUGGCAGCGAGAUGGACAUCUCUGAUCUUGGCUCCCGAAACUACAGUGCCCGCACAGAUUUCUACUGCCUGGUGUCUGAGGAGGACGUGUGACGCUUACCCCAGCCUGGGAGCCAGGAACAGGCAGGUUCCUGCCAUGCAGGAUGACAAACCCUGCCUGCAGCCCAGGGCCCUCAGGGAAGUGGUGUGGAC